AGGAGGAGCAGGAGAAGAAGAAGAAGGAGGAGAAGGAGAAGGAGAAGGAGAAGGAGAAGGAGAAGGAGAAGGAGAAGGAGAAGGAGAAGGAGAAGGAGAAGGAGAAGGAGAAGGAGAAGGAGAAGGAGAAGGAGAAGGAGAAGGAGAAGGAGGAGUCAGUGCUGUGAGGAGCUGGCCAUGAGAAAUCACCAAGACAGUAUGAAACCUCUGCAACAGGAUGGCAACAGGGGUGACUGCUGCUGGCUGUGACUGCUCCUGCAGUUCAGCUGGAACCUGGGCUGUUGUAACAUCUGGCUGUGGAUUCCACUGCUGCACCAUUAGACUCUCCGUCUUCAAGGGUGUGAUAAGUGUACAGUUGGUGGUUACCAUGGUAAUGGCUAGUGUCAUACAGAAGAUCAUACCCCACUAUUCUCUUGCUCGUUGGCUUCUCUGUAGUGGCAGCUUAAGGUGGUAUCAACAUCCCACUGAAGAGGAACUGCGGAUUCUUGCAGGGAAGCAAAGGGGGAAAAGUAAAAAAGAUAGAAAAUAUAAUGGUCAUAUUGAAAACAAACCCUUAACCAUUCCAAAAGAUAUUGAUCUUCAUCUGGAAACAAAAUCUGUAACAGAAAGGGACACUAUUGCAUUGCAUUACUUUCCAGAAUAUCAGUGGUUGGUGGAUUUCACUGUUGCAGCUACAGUUGUGUAUGUGGUGACAGAAGCCUAUUACAGCAUUAUGAAGCCCUCACAAGAAAUGAAUAUCAGCAUAGUGUGGUGUCUGCUUGUCUUGGCUUUUGCAGUUAAGGUACUGUUUUCAUUGACUACCCACUAUUUCAAAGUUGAGGAUGGAGGUGAAAGAUCAGUCUGUGUCACCUUUGGUUUUUUCUUUUUUGUGAAAGCCAUGGCAAUACUUAUUGUGACAGAAAACUAUCUGGAGUUUGGAUUGGAAUCAGGAUUCUCGAAUUUCUCAGAAAGUGCUAUGCAGUUUCUUGAAAAACAAGGUUUGGAAUCCCAGGGUCCUGUGUCUAAACUAACCUUCAAAUUGUUCCUGGCUGUUCUGUGUUCACUUAUUGGUGCUUUUUUGACAUUCCCUGGCUUGCGACUGGCUCAAAUGCAUCUGGAUGCUCUGAAUUUAGCAACAGAAAAAAUAACACAAACAUUGCUACAUAUAAACUUCUUGGCACCUUUAUUUAUGGUUCUACUGUGGGUAAAACCAAUCACUAAGGACUACAUUAUGAGCCCACCUUUGGGCAAAGAGAGCAUUCCUUUAAUGUCAGAAGAUACAUUUGAUACCGUCAGAUUGUGGAUUAUAAUCCUAUUGUGUGUUUUACGGUUGGCUAUGAUGCGUCAUCAUUUACAGGCCUAUCUGAAUUUAGCCCAGAAAAGUGUGGAUCAGAUGAAAAAGGAAGCUGGUAGAAUAAGUAUGGUUGAUUUACAGAAAAUGGUGGCUCGGGUAUUCUAUUAUCUCUGUGUAAUUGCACUGCAGUAUGUUGCACCAUUGGUAAUGCUGCUUCACACAACUCUGCUCUUGAAAACACUAGGUAAUUAUUCUUGGGGCAUCUACCCAGGAUUGAAUUCUGACUCUUCAGUAGAAAACAGCCUGCUUCCCAAUUCUGUUUAUUCUGAGUCUCCACCUGCUGAUGGAAAGAUGAAAGUAGCUGUAGUACAAAUAACAAUGGCUCUGGGAAGCCUAAAGAGUAUUUUCACUCCUCUCCUGUUCCGGGGACUCCUGUCUUUCCUCAUUUGGUGGAUUGCUGCUUGCCUUUUUUCUACAAGCCUUUUUGGUCUCUUCUAUCACCAGUACCUGACUGUGGCAUGAGCAAGCCAACUGACAGAGCAAGUGUGAGGUCAGAUUCUAGAUACAAACCGAGGUACCCAAGAGGAGAUGAAGAGAAAAGAAAACUAUAUAUGUGAAGAGAAAACAUGUAAUAAUUAUUUUUAAAGACUUCCUUGAUGUUCUCAGGGUGAAUAAUCUUAAAAUGUUUAAAAUUGCAACUGGGCUUGUUAUUUUAGUUACCCAAAUGGUAGGUAACUAAUUCAGUUAUAGUGCUGGGACUGACUGACAUUAUUGUGUUGUAGAUGGUGGUAAGGAUGCUGAAAAGAUGUGACCUCUGAGUACCUUGGUUUCCACAAACAGCAAGCCAAACUCAAAAAUUUGUUUUUUAAGCAUCAACAGCCACUAGCUGAACUGCAUUCUAAGGGUACUGGACAUAGUGAUGGUGGCUAUUGAUUAAGCUGCCUAUUGAUUAAGUCUUGAAACUGAGCCAUACAAGUGAAAGGAGAGAGAGGGGAUUUAAAAAAAAUUCUGUUGGACAGCUGUUGAUCACUUUUCUCCUUGGAAAAUUAAAAAAUCCAACAGGACAAAAGAGAUACUGUAUAUUACAGUAAGAAAAGUUGUAUAAAAUUUAAAUUUAACAGGAGCAGAUGUGUGUACGUGACAGGUAUUGCUGCCUGCAUAUUUUGCAGGAGUGCUUGUGCAGUAAGAAGAGAGUUAUAGCAAAUAUAUUAUUUCAGUACCUGCAGUAAUUUUAAAGUAAUGGCCAUCUGUAUUGGUGCUAGUAUUGAUCCACACAUUGCGUCUGGAUCUUUUAAAUUUCUUCUUUUGAGGUCGUAGAUAAAUUCCACUGAAUUUACAAAAGAAUAGAAAAUAAUUAGUGACACCAGUCAAACAUUUCAAAACAAAAUAGUUUAAUCCUGCUGACUGAUAUUGUAUGUAUAUGUGUAAUGUACAUAUAUAUUAUAUAUCAAAUAUAUAAUAUAUAUGAAGGUAUGAAAUAUGGAAUCUUUAUUUUAAAUUCCUGAAUGUAUCUUACAGUGCUGUGGGAGAGGGGUGUAUGUGUAUCUAAUAAUUUCAAGAUUGCCUUUUGAAAUUAAACUUAAUUUUUUCCUUUUUUUUUCUUCUUUUUCUUUUUUUUUUUUUUUAGUUUAGUUGAAAGGGCUAUUUGGUUUUUGUGCCUCUUUAGAGGUACUUAGCUAUACUAAAGAUUUUACACUGUCUUGGAAGUAAAGAUCUGCUUAAACUGUUAAUCUUAAAAUUUCUGUUCUGUCAAAUCAUCAUCUUUGCCGCUUUAAUCUGUGCUAACUUGACCACAUAAUGAUAAUUACUAUAUCUUGGCUACAUAGAUUUUCUGUGUAAUAAAACAGCUGUGUAAUAAGAAAAAGAUCAAAGUAUUAACUUUACAAUUUUUGCUUAACUGGAUUGAUAGAUUCCACUCAUAAAAUUAUUUACAGUUUUUCAGGUGUUUUGUGUAUUUGCAAAACAGGAAUGGGGAUUUAUAUGCAGUAGCUUUUUUAAACAGUUAUUAUUAAACUUCACAGAGGUCAGUGGGUUUUUUAGCUAAUACUAGCUGGUUUUAUGUUACUGUUCUUUUUCUCUUGAAUUUGUGUACAGCUUUGGCGUAAGCAUUUAUAAAUGGAAAAGCUUAACUAAAUUUUUAAUACGUAGCAAACCUACCAUAUGGGAGAACAAACUCAAUGAAUGCAGAAAAUCAAGAUUUUUAAGCUGGUGAUAAACUACCUUGCUGUGUUGAAAGCCUUUUAAGUUAAUUAUUAGUUUAUUAAGUUGCAUUUAUUGGGAAAAGAUAUGUGUACACCAGCCUAGUACCUACUGCAUGUGUUUGGGAUGUGUGAGAACACCUUGCGUGAUGCUGCUAGUUUCAUUGCACUAUUUCAAGCAAGCUUUGUUGUUUUCACACCAACUUUUUGUAACUAAUAGGGACAAUAGCUUAACCGUGCGUUGGCUUAGAGAAUAAUAUUUGACCUCAUAGUUUCAAAUUUCAGGCAUUCCUUGGAAAUAUUUUUCAGAUGAAUAAUUGAAUGACAAAAUAUGACAGUCCAACAAUACUGCACCCACUUUCAUAUUAGUUCAAGAUACAUCGUUACUACAAGAUACAUCAUUGCUAAAGAAUUAGUAAGGCCAGCUUUUAAGUUAGAGUUAGGGUGUUCAAUGCCAAUCUUUGGUCUGAAAAAUAAAACAAUGCAAAAGAGUUUGCCUCUGAUAGUGAACUUACCUGAUGAAGCUCACUAUAUAGGAGAUGUAACCUGUUGUUGAAAUCUGAAGGAUUAAAUUUUGGAUACUUCAGAAUACUUCAAAAUAAUGUUAAGCAACAGUUUUUGCUGAAUUAGUCAUUCUGAAAGCUUAUAAGUAAAAGUGAACUGUAGUUAUAUAAUAAUGCAUUCAGCAAAAGUAAUAAGGAUCAUGUAGCUGAACUUCACAAAGCUUUUGCUAAGAAGUUAUGCUGACUUAUUGUUCAGACAUCACACUGAUCACAGUGAAAAAUAUGUACCUAGUGUUAUAAACAUGAAGUUCAGUGCUUGUAGCCACUGUGCUGUUCAAUUGUUCUACAGUCCAUUGUUCUGCAGAAUUGAAUGGUUAACCUUCUGGUCAGCAGUGAGUGGGAGAUGGUCUUUCUGUGGAUCCAUUUAAUCCUGACAUGAUUAAAUGAAGGCUUAUGAAAAAUUUAAAUGUGGUAAUAAAAGCCUUUGAAACAUGGUGACAGUGAAACCAGAGGGACCAUAUUGCUAAGGUUGUGAUCAGUGCUUCUGACAAGUAUGUGAUACGAUCCAAAAUGUGUUUUAAAGUAAAGUAGCAACCUGAUAGUCCUGACUUCCAUAUAUAUUGUGUAAGGUUCAAAGGAAUAUCUGCUUACUUCUGUAGUAAGUUCCUGCAGCUGGCAAAUGAUUUGUAUGUUUCAUGGAGAUCUUUAUCAGCACCUGGUGAUGGGGGGAAAACAUCUUUCAGAAAUGGAAAAGCAAUAAAAUGUGACUGAAAGGUUGGUAAGUGUUACUCAGGUUUCUUAAACAUUUUGUCUUGCUUUUUGCCCACUACUUAAUAAAAAAUUGUAGAAUGGUUAGGGCUGGAAUUGAUCUGGAAUGGAUCACUUUUCACCAGACCAGGUUGCUCCAAGCACCAUCAAACAUGGCUUUGAACACCUCCAGAGAUGGGCAGCCAUAGCUUCUCUGGGUAACUUUAUCUAGUGCCUCACCACCUUCACAGGCAAGAGUCUCCAUCUAACACUUAAUCUAAAUCUCCCCUCUUCUAGUUUAGAAGUGUUCCCCCUUGUCCCAUCACUCCCUGCCUGUGCAAAAAAUAAUUCUCCCUCUUUUUUAUAAGCUCCCUUUAAGUACUUGGAAGCCACAGUGAGAUCUCCCUUAGUUUCUGAGAGAUUUUAGAAGGAAAUGUUCCUUUGGCAAAGAAUCCAUGUCUGUUUCUUUCUUCUUAAAUUCAGAUCUCCCUUCCUUUCUUAGUGAUGUGACUUCCAUUGCCGAUCUACAGUGCUGUCCAUAUGUUCCCUUCUCAGAAGCAAGUAGGCUAAAUUUGUUCAAGAUUGUAUUUUGACUUGUGUUUAGUUUAAAUUUGUCUAUUUUUUUGAAGGAUUAGUUCCUUUAAAUAGUUUAAAUAACUUAAAAUUCCAUCUGAAACAUGAACAAACUUGUUAACAUUUGUUUAAACUCUUCACUUUUAUUUUGUGGGUCCCUUUCAACAAAGGGUUAAGGCAGUGAAAAAUCCAAGUCUUCCAGCAAGUUGAGGGAGGUCCAGACGUACACUUGGCUAUUUCUGAGCUAAGAGAAGUUGAUUAAGAACAGGAGAAUAAAUUAUAGAAAGCCUGUUCACUUGGUAGGUGACAUUCUCAGGCUGCUCUUGUCCUCUCUUAAUUCCUUCUCAAGCUGUAGGUUAUACCAGUUUUUGAGGUUUUGUUAGCUGCGCAGUCUUUCCCUCUUCCAGAAUUCUCUCGCAUAAAGGAUCCACGGAUUAAAUAGUAGCAUCAGUACAAGAGAAUAUCCUUGUACAGAGGAUACUUAGGGAAAGUUAAUUUCUGUUGCAGUUCUUCUCCUCAUUUGGAUCACAAGUACUGCAGGGUGUUUAAACAGAGAUAUGUUCUUCCCUGGAUGUAAAGUCAAAUUUGUCUUAAGAAUAAAAAUGCUACCAAGACAUCAACUCAACAUUUAGGCAGCAUAACCUCAGUCUAUAUAGUGGUUAGCAAGUAUGGAAAUUUCAGCUAACUUCCAAGGAACAAUUCAAAGUGCUGUGCUUCAUUACAGUAACUACAUCUAAGUGAUAAUAGGCACUUUGGAUAUAUCAAAUAGGAAAUUGAACACAUCUGAUCUUAAAGCUGUUGGAAGAUUCUCCAAGAUAAAAGGCCUUAUGUCUCUUUAUUCUCAAAUACCAGCUGUACUUUCCACAGAGAUAAUUUUUAUCAGUUCUUAAAUACUACGCUUCAUUAUUUUUCUCAUGACACAUUUUGCACAUUAAUUUGUUCAACACAGCCCCUCCACACCUUAACCCCACACACAUAACCCCACAGUUAAUUUUGUCACUGUCAAGUUCCUAGAUACUUUUAGUUAAAGAAUUGAGUGCCCAGACAGAAUGGAGACAUUGAACAAGUAUGAGGCCAAAGAAAACUGUGUGUUCUCUUGUGUACGCCUGAGCAAAAUCUUAAUGGAGGAAGGCAACAGCAGGUUACUUGUAUCUUAAAUCAAAUAUUAAAUGUGAAUUGUGAGUAAGACUGUUAUUUUUAACAUCUGCAGCCCAAAUCCCAAAUGGUAAAUAGAGCAAUAUUUUGAUGUCACAGAUACCUACUCUAAAGAGCAUCGAGGCAACAGAUGCUUAGAAGCCAGAUGUCUGAUCUCACUAAGCAGGCUGAUUCAGAUUGGUCUGUCUAUGCUUCAGAGUGAUUUUUGUGUCUCCUUUAGGAAGGCCUGCCACGCUUUAUGACCUGUGCGCAGCACAUACAGUCAUGUGCUAUAUGAUGAAGUAGAUGGCGUGUCUGUAGUACUCUCUGAGUACUAGACUGAAAGGUCUUCCUCCUCUAGGUGAGAUCAUGAAGCCAGCAUGUCAUUUCCAGGCUGCUUUUACUGACAUCUGUAUAUGCUGCACUUAACUUUUUCCAGUCUCUCUCACUGUGGAUUGCUAGUGCACUGCAUGUUGUUUUGCAUGCCAGUGUAUAUGUAUUUUUAUACCCUUGAUUUCAAUAGUGUUUUUAAUGGAAAUUAUUUUUAAUCCUAAUACCAUGGAUCAUAUUUUCAUUUUUUUAAAAUUAAUAUUAGUGCCUGCAACUAGAAGUCAAAAACUUUUACUUUUUUUUUUAGCUUGAUGUUUAAGCUGAAGUAUUAACAGGUAUGCAUUUUUAUAGCAAAGUCCAAAAUGCACCUGUAAAUACCAGAUUUUUUCAUGUGAUUACACAUCAGUCAAGAUCCUUAGAAUUUGUACUUGCAGCAUUUUUUCUCAACAACAUACUAUCCAUAUGAUCCUGCUAUGUAUAAAAUACACGUCUCAAAAGAACUUUGAAUAGCUUUUUACAAACUCCUUAGUAGUAAGUCAUUAUUCUUUUCUUGUACUGCAAUGUAUUUUUUAAAACCUGGCUUAAAAUUCCUGUGCUUGAAGUCAGACUUAUUCUCUAUUCCUCUGUUCAUAGUAACUCUGCCUCCUGUAUGUGUUCUAAGCUUCCAGAAUACAUAUUCACAGUAUUUUUCAUAAAAACAUAGGAUGAAGAAAAAGGCAUCAAAAAUCAUGUUUCAUAACUACAGUUCAUACCCAUGUCAUGAUGUGCCAACAGUUUUUAUUUUUCCUAUCUUUGAUCAUUCCUUUGUUCCAUUGUUAACAGUAUGUAAGGCUUUCUAGGAGGAAUAUACGUGGAAAAAAAUUCUGUAGUAGAAGUUACUCAAAGCUGUCUUCCCGUUUAUGUGAGGAAAUAUUAAUGCAAAGAUGCUAUUAAAUAAUUUCAGCCUAAAAUUUCUCAUAAGGUAGACAUGUUACAAAUUGCACAGGGAAUAUCUUCCAAGUUGUAAAUAUUUUAUUUUAAAUCUUCUACUUGUUUCAUUGUUGCUGGGAACACAUAAAUUCAAUGUUGUUCUUCAGUUAAUAGUCUUUUUUAUUUUUAUCUUUAAGUGAAAAGCACAUAAUACUUUCUACUCUAGAAUAAAGACCUAAGACAAAAAGAUUCCCCUACCUUCAUUUCAGUAUUUGCCAAAUGGAAAAGACUCUGGUGUUAUAUAUGUAAAUUUUAGCUUCUCUUACUGCUACAAUACUGUUAAAAUAUUAUUUUUAUAGUUACAGCUUUACAAAUACUAAGACUAUCGUGCUUCACAGUGAGGAUAGUGUUAAGUGGUGUUUGCAUUAUAGGGAUCUGGUGUUGCAUUAGCUGCUGUUUAAAAACAAAUAGGCUCCUAUGCUUUUAAAUGUCAGUAUCUGUGAUCAGAAGAGCACAGCACAAGUUGAAAAAGCUCACUUUGGGGUGUCUUUUUGGUUGUUUUGGGUUUUUUUUUUAGCGGUGCAGGUAAUACUUGGGUACAACUACUACAGCUAAUAAACAAUCUCCAGUAAUAUUCUUUUUGUACACUGUAAAGUACCUAAUUGUGGGUGAUUCUGGUAGCCCUUGAAAUAGGGUUUGCUAUGAAAUUAUUUUUUUCAUACAUUUUUUGACUUAUAUAAUGUCCGUAUGUGGUUUUGUGCUGUUACAUAUUGGAAACAAAUAAGAUUUUGAAGAAAUGUUUUCCAUUCCUCUUACUUAAAUGUUAAUCUAACCAUCUUGCCCAUAUCUGACUGAUAAUUGAACACCCCUAGUUUAAAUUAAUACCCCCUCCCUCUGCCACCUCUGCAUUCUUUUCUUGAUGACUGAGGGCCAGUAUUUACAAGAUUUGGAAUGGUUUGACUUACAAAAUUCUGUAGCGACACUUUGGUGUUAAUUAUACCUUGGUGCUAAUUAACACCUUGGUGUCAAUUAUACCGUAUAGCACAUGGGUGAUUUCAGACAGGUAAGUAGUUCUGCUUGGGCUCAGAAAGGCAACACUGAAGGUUGCUGAAUCCUUAUGGAUUUGGAGCACAAAGAGUACCAAUUGUGAUACUGCUGACUGACACCAAGCUUCCAAAACUUACACCUGGGAGAAUUUUGUAGAAUUCUGUUAAGAGUAUUCAGUAGUGAAACCACCCUUACUUUAAAACUGCUUGUCUACCUUCAGGAAUGCAAGAGCUGAAGGUAGAACCUGACUGGUUCAGCAAGGAGAUUAAAAAAGUGAGGAAACAACAGGCCCCUGCUUCUGAGUUAAUUAUACAUUCUGCAUGUGAAGUGCUUGUAAGUUGAGAUGGUGUUGCUGGUUCAAAUCUACCAAAGGAAGCCUUCUUCUGAGGAAGGCUUGUCACAGCAUGUUGAGCUUUUAGCUCUAAAAAGUGGCUAUAGAAAUCCAUACUGUAUAUAGUACACUGUUUGGGAAAAACUGGUACAAUAAGUUUGCUAAAUAUUUCCUUACACUAUUUGUAAGAAGUUACAUUACAUUUUUUACUGUAGGGCAUUUAAGAAGAUAGUUUUGCCUUGCUUGUUUUAUAUUAAUGUGAAAAUAAUAAGAAUUGGUUUGUCAUUUAAAUGCCUAAAUUUCUUUAACAGCAGUAAAUAUCACAAAACUGAAGCAAAGUUAUACUUUCUUAUUCCCUAUUCAUUUUGUUGAAAUGUUACAGUUUAACUCUGCUUUUAUAAUGCACACAUUAUUAAAAUAAAAUUUAUGUCUAUUAGUUGCUCAUGGUAAUACCACAGCAAAUCUAAGAGAAACUGUGAUAUCUGCUGUUUAUCAAGUGGCUCCAACUUGCUUGCCUUUGUAAAGCAUUAACCCAUGCUGGACAUAUAAUGUCUACUGCAGUAAUGUUCCUAGAGUAUUUUAGUAUCCUUACAUGUACUUUGCAUGCCUUGCACUUGUGCACUGUAAAGAAUUUUAAAAACCCAUUAUUUUAUAUAGUAUUUCCCAUAUCCAAAAUAAGACAAUUUCUAAAGCCAAAGAUCAAUAAAUGUUUAUUGUCUACCAGUGUGCUUUUUUCCUACUUUUGUGAUAUAUACUAGUCUUUAUCAGCUUGCAAAAUCUCCAAAGAGCAUGUAAUAACCAGGCUUCAUACCAUUCUACUAGUCUAAAUUGUUUACUUUUAGAAAUUAUUGAGUAGGCCAUUUAUUCCCUCCUUCUUUUGGGUGCAGCAGAAUAAAUACUUUUUGAGUCUAAAUGUAGGUAGUGUCUUAUUCAUGGGAACAGCAGUUUAAUCACAAAGAGCCAUUAGAGAUUUUCAUAUGAGUGUUUUCAUUUUUGUGUAUUUCAGAAUUUAAAUUUUUGAAUAAUUUCUAGAGGAAGAUUGGCUGUACACCAUGAUAAGUGGAGGAAAUUCUGGGUUUUACAUUCAAAGGAUUUGUCGCCCUUCUUGACUGUUGCCCUUCUUGACUGUUGCCCUUCCUAGUAGGAAAUCACUUAGAAAGGGGUUGUGUUUGCUUCUUGUAAUAAGAAAUGUAUUUAAAGGCAUUACAUGGUCUCUCCUAUUUGUUUCAUCUUAGUAGCACUAAGAAAGAGUAUACUUAAUAAUCUUAGUAAUCUUGUAACCAUCUUGAAUUUAAUUUUUGAAAUAUCACAUUUGGUUAUACAUGCAUUUUCUUUAGAUGUGUACAACAAAUGCAGGUGAAUUAUGCCAGAAUUGCCCAAAUAGUUCCAUAGGUAUAAAAAAAAAAUCCUUGAGUAGACAUCCUUCUUUAGCCUAAACCCAAAGUGGUACCAAAGACCCCUUCAGUCCAUCAGUUGUGUUGCAGAAGUAAAGUGUGGCAUGGUGCUGAGAAGAGCCAGUGUUGACAUUUGUCUACAAGUCUACAAGGCAUUUGAGCUGUGGGACCCCUUCCUGAAAGUGUAACAAUGCUGAGGUUUAAAGUUAUGGUUAAGAGGAAAGAACAGAAUUAUAGUGGGAGAUCUGCUUAUGUCUCAGAAGGCAGCUUAGCCUUCUACUUUCUCCAUGCAGCCUGAUGUUUUAGGCUGCCUUUGGAAUCCACAAUCCCCUGGACUUUGCAGUAGAAAUGUUAAGCCCAAAAUACAAGAGUGAAAGCCUUGGCAGUAUACUUCUGGAAUAAAAGCAAGCCUUGGAUUUCAAGGGUCACAUCAAUCCACCAGGUUCACACUGUGUAACUCAAAGGACUUAAAAGGUCUUCAGCUGACCUCUGCUGUCAUAUGCAGACAUGCAUGAUUCAAUGUAGUUCCAUAGGGAGUACUCAAUUUUUGAAAUGUUUAUUUUAGCUGAGUAUGUGCAGUGGGACAGGAAAGCCUGGAAAUAUCCUCCAGACAAUAGGGUAAGCAUCUGGCACCGUCCUGUGCUGUCUGGUCUAGGUAGGGCUGAGAAAAUGUUGAAGGUGUUGCUUGUUUGAUUCUGAUUUUAUGACAAAUUUUCAAAGAAUAUGCAGCACAAUUAUUGUUGCUUGCAUUCUUAAUAGGCUAUUACCUGGUGGACUGUGAAAUGGACCAGAAAAUCCCUCUUAAAGAGGAAUAUUCAUGUUCCAUCUAAAUCCAUAUUUUAAAAAGGUGGGUUUUUUUAUACAUAACUCUGGAGUUGAGAUGAGAGUUUUGCAUUCCAGGGGGUGCAGCACUGAUGAGUCUGAGGGAAGGUCAGCUUUUCACUUCAUGAAAUGGGAGCAUAUGUCUCUUUGUAAAGCAGACAGGAAAAUAAAGACUUUUUUCUCUGAAUUAUGAGCUUUACAAGCUACUUUCAGUUGUUCUGGAUAACCAACCUCUUACAUAUCUUUCAGCUGUCAGAUUUUAAAGCAGCUUUUCAAUAAGUACAACAUUUGUAUGAUUUCCCGAAGUUGUCAUUUCUAUAGAUAUAUAGAUAUAUACUGUGUAGAAUUUGUGCAUUGUCAGAAACUAAAAGAAUCCAGACUCUCAGUUGGGGUUAGGUUGGUCUUCAAGCAUCAGCAAUGUCCAUUUGCUUCCCAUUCAUUUGGCUUAUAUUGUGCCUAGGACAAACCUUCAAGAUUUGGUCCUAUAGUCUGGUUUUUUCUUUGAGUGAAAUAUUGGUAUCAGCCUGACAAGAAGAGUGAAAUACAAAAAUCUUCAGCGCUAACGUCUUUUCUGGAUUUCCAUUUUCUCUUUCUUCAUGAAGUGGGAUUAAGCUGUUGCUGCCAUUUCACAGACAGCAUGAGCUCACAGUAUUGGGAAAAGGGACAUGGGGAGGGACAUCAGCUGAGUUAUAUAUCAAGGAAUUUGGGGUGCAAUUUACAAAAUGAAAACAGUUGUUCUGGACAGGGAUUUGUUUUCCACAGGAAACUGCGAUGUGGUUAUCAUGCUAGACAUUCCUAUGAGGAAUGAGUGUUACUAAAAAACACAAGGCCCAAGCUGGAGAUUAUAUUGUGUACUGCAGAACAAGUAGGACUAAUGCUGUAAAACUGCAGGAUGAGGUGGUGUGUAUUGUUUUUCAUGUGAGAACCUGGGAAAACUACAGCACCAGGAUCAACAAAUAAACCGCUAUUUAAUCAAUUUCUAUUCUUAUGCUUGGAAUUUUGGAACUUUUGGAUUGGAACCACUGUGGCUGGUUUGCCACACUAAAGGCACAAAUCUAAUACUUUAACACAGACUAUGCAUUGCCAUUUUUUAAACUGCAUUGCUUUUAAUGCUUUCAAAAAGUUUUAGUGGUAAAAGAUUUUAAAAUUUUGCUGGCAUCUAGUAAAAAAAUAAUAUAAAAUUGAAAGUAAAUAUAAAGUAAGGUAAUACAAAAGUUUUGCUCUGUCUAAAGACCAUGUUAUCUUAAAAGGCAACCUUUCUGUGAAAAUUCACUUUCUAAAUGCUGUUGAAUUCAACUCCAUUGACCACAGUUUUUAGCUGAGGAGUGUUGCUUUCAGUGGAGCAACCUCCAAAGGUGCCAGCUGUGUCCUCCUGCAGACACAGUGGGCCAGGCAGCCCAGGCACAUGCUUACCAUUUCUUUUUGCAUCCCAUACCUUUGUCAUCCUUUCCCACAAAUUGCUCCACCAGGUGCAAAUGCUCCUACAUGAAUCUGUAAUUACAGAUUUACAAAACUGUUACUUAACCUGUGUAUGCUCACACAAAAUAGUACUGUGUUCAUGGUCUUUUCAUGCCACCCCUUAUGCUACCCCUGCCAAGAUAAUAACCUCUCAUAUACUAGUUAGUCAGCCUUAUUAAUGCAAAUCACAAUUAACUUUACUUGUUCUUUUGCAACAACUUUGCAGCUCUGAUUCUUACCUGGAUAUUCAAUAAUUCUCAGUUUAUAUGUAAGUUUACAUAUAUGUCUUUUAAGAUAUAACCACCAACUCCAUGGUACCCAGUGACUUUCCUCUGAUUAUGUCUAUACAUUUAAUUUGUCUUAGUAUUCCCUAGUCUUUUUUUCCUGUAUCCUGGCCUGCCAUUUUGAAAAACAAACAAGAGUAUUCCAGCUAAUGCCUCUUCCUGAUCAGAAAAAAAUUGAAA